AUGAAAUUCCUCCAGCUCACAGCGCUCGUCUACCUCAUCUCCUUUGUGGCAGCAGCGCCACCCUCCUCUGAGUUCAGCGACAUCUCUGUCCGCGGCUCAUCACCCCUCGAAUCCUACAAUGCGCUAGAAAAGCGCAAAGGUGGCGGCGGCGGUAAAGGAGGUGGAGGCGGUGGAGGGGGCAGCAGCUCCGGUGGCGGUCGAACAGGCUCAGGAGGGUCCGGUUCAUCAGGCAGCCGGCCAGCAUCCUCAUAUUCAUUUAGCCCGAGCUCGAACACGGGCGGGCGUACGCGCGAUGGCUCGGGCUCUCCGAAGACGUACGGGAACAGAUACGCCGGUGGUGCCGUCGUGCCAUAUACCGCUGGCGCACGCUCUCCGACGAGAGGUAUUGCGCCGUUCGCAUUGCCGAUCACGGCGCUCGCAAUUUUCCCGGGACUCUGGUUGUACAGCAGCGUCUACGCAUACCCAUACGGCAUAGGGUACCAUUACUACCACGACGGGCGCAACACCACGAGCAAUGUGACGUGCGUGUGUCAGCGGUACCAGGUGUGCGGCUGCGAUCCGACGGACAACAGUACCUUCUUGAAUCAGGUCGUGACGAAUGGCACUGGUGGCGCGCCGGUGAACACGAGUACUGUGCGCACUGUGGACUACGGCAACGGCAGUGCAGCGACUUAUAUCAAUGGGUCGUUGGCGAACGGCACUACGGCCAGUGGUGGCACGGAUCCAAGCAACGAGUCCCAGAUCAGCGCGGGCAUGAGAGUCGCGAUGGAAAUGGGUGGUUAUUGGGUCAUGAUCGCCACGGUGGUGUUGGGUAUGUGGAUGGCUGCCUAA